CACAUAUCUUAAAAUACAAAAAAUGGAAAUAGUUGAACCAAUUUACAAAGAGUUGUAAGUUUAUAUUGCGAUUCUUUUAAUACAUAUAUUAAUUUUUACAAUGGACGAUGUAUAUAAAUUUUACGAUAGCAAUGCAUCAGCAAAGAUACGAAUAAAGCAAUAUUUUGAGAACUAUGAGAAAGUGGUAGCUAAUUAUAUUAUAUCUACGGCAAAAGAUAAAGAUAAUUUAAUGCCAAUGAUGGAAGUUCAACUUGACGAGGAGGAAAUGUCUAUGUUAACGCACUAUUGCAGUAUUGAUAAUCUAACAGUGAAAGGAGAGGCUCCAAAACUAGCUAAUAACAGAAAAAUGAGGAAAAAGGAAGUGUUUGAUGCUCAGAAACCAGAAGAUAUAGACUUACAGACUAUUCAAAAAUUAAAACAAAGAUUAGAAGUUAAAGAUGCAAAACGACCAUACUAUAAAUACCGAAGCGAAUUAUUUAUAAAUUAUAACAAGAAAGAAGAAAAACCUGAAGAAUGUGCUGUUCCAGGCCAAGAUAUUCUUAUUUUUAUUAGAGUUUAUCAUCCUUUUACACUACGUCCAAGAAACACACCAAAACGAGAAUGUGGUUCAGUGCUUCGGCUAAAUAAUGUUAUAGCUGUAUUAGGCUCUCAAACACUUGCUCAACUGCGAGAUAAAAUAUCUUGCAUUGCUGAUUACAGUAUUUCUAAAGAAUGUAGCAAUAACUUAGAUAAUGCAAUAGGACCUAUGGCAAAGGAUGUUUACCGAUCAGGAUUUUUUUUCAUCGAAGAUACUUUUUAUAAUGAUACUAGAUACCCAACAAAUAUUGACUACAGUAAAGUAAUCAUUGAUUGGGCAAAAAGAAGGCCAACAUUGGGACCUUUUAAAACUGCUAUAAUGGAAGAUUGUAGGAUAGAUUCAUUGUGUGUAAGAUUUGGUUUUCCAUGGGUGUACAAGCAUCAAGGUGGUUGUGAACAUUUAAUUGUGUUUAGUGAUGCUAGGUUCAUUAACUGCGAUGAUGAAUUAGCAGUAUCUGAGUAUCCAAGGAUAGUUAGAUUAAGACCUCUGGCUUCAAAAUUCUGUUUAAUAUGUGGAGUAUUCAAUGUUCGGUGGAUUACAAUGGAACAUGAAAGAAUACCACAUAAUCCCUGUUUCUUUUGCGACUCUUGUUUUAAAUCCUACAACUAUAUUGAUGGUAAAAAAGUUGGAAAAUUCGAGGCGUACGCAUAUCCACGGAAUAUCGAGGCUGUGAAAGGAAUAAUAGACAUAUAA